AUUCGGACACGCACGUGCAGCGGGACGAGUUGUCCGUCAAACACUGAUUUGGAGAGAAGCACGUGCAGCACCCAGACGUGCAGUGAAACCACGCCAGGCUGUGGGCGUACGAUCCCUUCUUCGUUACGAAUACUGUCAGGGGAGACAACACAGGCUUGUAAAUAUCCCUGGAUGGUCAACUUUGCUCUGUAUACACUGAGUAGCGGUCUGAUUGGAAAUUCAUGCGGUGGCGUUUUACUUUCCAGUACUGCUGUGUUAACGCAAACUGCUUGUAUUAAAGACAUGUUAACAUACACUGGAAGUAGUUUAAGUAGUUUGAAUGAAGGUGACCUAUCUAUAGUGGCUGUAGUUGGUGAUCACAGGACAAACGUACGGGACGACCACCAACAAAGCAGACUCGUUACCAACGAUUUAACAGUAUCUAAAGGUGAAGUGAUGAUCGUGCGACUGGACCCUCCUGUACGGUAUACUGACUGCGUGAUGCCCGUCUGCUUACCGGAAGUGGACACAGUCUUUGGUGAACAGUGUACAGUGGCAGGAUGGGGACAAACGAACACUAGGUCACCUUGGUCCGAUGUUCUCCUCGACCAUCACGUGACCUUGAUGAGUCAUAAAACGUGUGACGCGGUAUUCCGGUUCCUCAACAACGAGACACUUCCGGCGGACUACCUGUGUACUGAUACACAGAGAGACGGAAUGGCAACGUGCUCUGGAGACCAGGGUGGGAUGCUGAUGUGUAAAGAUGAGAGAUCAGAAUCAGAAAUGCUGGCUGGAAUUACAAACUCCACGGAAUGUACUGCCAACAAGCCAAGUACAUACAUCGACAUUGUGCCAUACCUAGCCUGGAUACGCGACACUCUGCGUGCGAUUUAAACUGACAAGAGAAACAACUUAACUUUACAUGACAUGUAUAAUUAUACUAGUGUUAUAACUGCUCUGUAAGCUGAAUUUAAGGGGGUGGGAAUUACAAAAGAAGAAGAAGACAUAGGUAGUCUCCAUUGAUCGAAAGCAAUUACUAAUGUUGAAAAAUAAAUCUUAUAUUGUGUGA